AUGACGCGGCCGUUGGGAUUUCGCUUCCGUCCCACCGAUGAAGAGCUUAUAUUCGGGUACUUGUUGAAGAAGGUCAGGGGAGAAGAGCUGCCUUGGAAUGGCAUCCCCGAAUUUGAUCUUUAUGGAGAUAAGGCCCCCUCACAAAUAUUUGGUGAUCUUGGUGGUCGGGAGGAGGAAAAAUAUUACCUGUUCACACGGAUAAAGAAAUUUAGCAAACGCGUGGUAAGAACCACCGGCGGCGAGACUUGGCAUGAAGGCUAUAGUAGUCAAAUAUAUGAUAGCUCGGGUCAAUUUGUGAUUGGACUCAAUAAACAAUUCUGUUUCAAAGUCGGACACGGAUCGUCCAUGAAGAAAACCGACUGGAUUAUGCACGAAUUCUCCUUGUCGGGUGCCUUGCAGGAGUGGGAUCUGUCUAGCACCUGGGUUAUAUGCACUGUUCAUAAGAAGGUAACGGAAACAAGAAGAGGCGUGAAGAGAUGUUUUGGGGAUGCUCAAAUUCCAGGCCCCAUUACUGCCGUUGAAGCCUGGAAGGAUGAAAAUCAAACUGCCCAAGCCACCUGA